AUGGCCCUGACAGGCUACUACAAGACCUUCACGCGUCCGCGAACGCACCGGCCGCUUAGCAUGCUCAAGUACGAUCCUGUCGUGCGGAAAAAGGUGCUGUUCCUUGAGCAGAAGCGCGGUGGAUCGAGGUAG